CAACGCGCGCCCCCGUGACCCCCCCACGCAGACACGCAGUGCGCGCGGACGGGGACUGUCAUGUACCGUACACUCUGUGCGGCUGUUGGCUACUCUCAGCUUAGGCCUCGACUUGACAGGUGCACAGUUCAACUGUGUGCAACACGGUGCUCGGCGAACUGUUACAAAUCCAGUCUGAAGCUGUUCGAUAAUGUUUCGAGGUGUAUCCAGGUUUCUGAGGACCAACCCUGUUUCUGGCCAGAGAAGCAUGUCUCAGAGCAGUCUGGAUGGGAAAGUAGCGAUUGUUACAGCCUCAACAGAUGGAAUCGGCCUGGCUGCAGCUCGGGCUCUAGGAAAAAGAGGGGCCCAUGUGGUUGUAAGCAGCCGGCGGCAGGCCAACGUGGACAAGGCUGUGGCUUUGCUACAGAGCCAGAGCAUCAGAGUAACUGGAACCACAUGUAAUGUCGGCAAAGGAGAGGACAGAGAGAAGCUGGUUCAGCUGAUCAGACCUGUAGAACGUUCUGCUCAGGAGGGAUUUGAAACCCAUUCCUCCGUAUGGAGCUUCAGCUGGGCUCCUUUCUUUCAGACUCUGAUGUGGACAGCUCUGGUGAAGUCAUUCCAAGGGGCCUCAUUCUGCCUGAUGAGGGGGAAAAAGACUGUGGAUCAGUGUGGGGGCAUUGACAUCCUGGUGUCCAACGCAGCGGUCAACCCUUUCUUUGGAAACAUCUUAGACUCCACAGAGGACGUGUGGGACAAGAUUCUGUCUGUAAAUGUAAAAUCUGCCUUCCUCCUGACUAAGCUGGUGGUGCCUCAUAUGGAGAAGAGAGGAGGAGGAAACAUAAUAUUUGUGUCUUCGGUAGCUGGAUACCAACCAAUGCAGGCCUUGGGCCCCUACAGCGUGAGUAAAACCGCCCUGCUAGGUCUAACCAAGGCACUGGCUCCUGAGCUGGCUCAUGGUAACAUUAGAGUGAACUGUGUGGCCCCUGGAAUCAUCAAGACCCGCUUCAGUUCUGCGUUGUGGCAGAACAAAGACGUUGCGGAUGAGUUCAAAAAGCAGCUGAGCAUUAAAAGAAUCGGAGAACCUGAAGAAAUCGGAGGGACGAUUGCUUUCCUGUGCUCUGAUGAGGCUUCCUACAUUACAGGAGAGACCAUCGCAGUGACGGGAGGGAUGAGCUGUCGACUCUGAACCCUCUGUUGGCAGCUGCAGAGCUGCAGAGCUUUAGAGCAUUUGAUUUUUUUAUUAUUUUUUUUAUUGUACUUUGAUCUUCCAACAAAGCUAAUAUGGAUGAGAAGUUUUUGAAUAACAAACAAUUAUCUCAAGA